CCUCACUUCUCACUUCACUUCCCCCCUCAACUCCUUUCGUUCUUCGUCUUUCGUUCUUUUCAAGAUGAGUGACGCUCCUAACGGUACCGCCGCCGAGCGGUUUGCAAUUGGUAUCUCCUUUGGCAACUCUUACAGCUCGAUUGCCCGCAUCAACCCUGAAGGCAAGGCUGAGGUUAUUGCCAACGAGGAGGGAGACCGCCAGAUUCCUUCCGUCCUCUCGUACAUUGGUGGUGAAGAGUACCAUGGCACCCAGGCCAAGGCUCAGCUCAUUCGCAACUCCAAGAACACUGUCGCAUACUUCAGAGACUACCUCGGCAAGAACUUCAAGUCGAUAGAUCCUACUCCUUGCCACAACUCCGCCCACCCCCAGCAGAGCGACUCCACCGUCGCCUUCUCCAUCUGCGAUGGCGAGAGCGAGACCCCCAGCACCGUGACCGUUUCCGAGAUCGCGACCCGCCACAUGCGUCGUCUGAGACAGUCCGCCUCGGAUUUCCUGGGUAAGGAUGUCAACGCCGCCGUUAUCACCGUCCCUACCGACUUCACCGACGCCCAGCGUGAGGCCCUGAUCGCCGCCACCAAGGCUGCCGGCAUGGAGGUCCUGCAGCUCAUCCACGAGCCCGUUGCUGCGGUGCUGGCUUAUGACGCUCGCCCCGAGGCCGUUGUCGCCGAUAAGCUGGUUGUUGUCGCUGAUCUGGGUGGUACCCGCUCCGACGCCGCCGUCGUUGCCUGCCGCGGUGGUAUGUACACCAUCCUGGCCACCGCUCACGACUACGAGCUGGGUGGUGCCACUCUCGACAAGAUCGUCAUCGACCACUUCGCCAAGGAGUUCAUCAAGAAGCACAAGACCGACCCCCGUGAGGACGCCCGUGGCCUGGCCAAGCUGAAGCUCGAGGGUGAAGCCACCAAGAAGACGCUGAGCUUGGGUACCAACGCUAGCUUGAGCAUCGAGAGCUUGGCGGACGGCAUUGACUUCCAGUCCAACGUCAACCGUACCCGCUAUGAGCUGCUGUCCGGCAAGGUCUUCGCUCAGUUCACCGGUCUGAUCGAGCAGGUCGUGAAGAAGGCCGACUUGGAUCUUCUGGAUAUCGACCAGGUCAUCUUCGCCGGUGGUGCCUCGCACACUCCCAAGAUCGCCCAGUUGGCUAGCAACAUCUUCCCCGAGACCACUCAGAUCCUGGCCCCCUCGACGCUGGUCAGCGCCAUCAACCCCUCCGAGCUGGCUCCCCGCGGUGCCGCCAUCCAGGCCUCUCUCAUCCAGGAGUUCGACCAGGAGGACAUCGAGCAGUCCAUCCACCCCAUGGUCACCGCCACCACCCACCUUAAGAACGCCAUCGGUGUCGAGUUCUCUUCCGGCGGCGCCACGGAGUUCAAGCCCCUGAUGCACGCCGAGACCGCUCUCCCCGCCCGCCGCGUGGCCCAGUACAACGCCCCCAAGGAGGGCGGUGAUGUGCUCAUCCGUGUGUGUGAGGGUGUCCGCGACAUCAAGGUCACCAAGCCCGAGCCCAAGGCCAAGGAAGAGAAGCCCAAGGGCGACGAAGACGACUCCGACUUCGACUCCGAUGAGGACGACGAGGAGGAGACCCGCGAGAUUGUCUGGAAGACCGAGAAGCCCAUCGCCGAGCUGGCCGUCAAGGGCACCAAGGCCGGCAGCAAGGUCGAGCUUAUGGUUCACGUCAACCCCGACCUCGGCAUGCAGAUCACCGCCCGGGAGGUCGGUGGCCAGAGCGCCGUCCGCGGUGCCGUCCAGUCGGCUUGAAUAGGCGGGGAUUGUCGCUGAUCUCGCAUAAUUCUCUUCUUCCCUCUCCUCCCCUUCAUCUGCUUGCUCUUUCCGAUGCAGGUACCGUGAUGCUUGCUUCCACGUCUUGGAUAUGGACAUUAUAGACUCAUAAAGACUGGACCGGCUAGAUCUCCUUUGUUUCUGUUUGUUUGUUUCUUUUGUCACAGGGUGGCAAUGGCAAUGGGCAAUGGGCAUAGACGGGGGUGCUCGGACCUGUAUCGAGAGAGCAAGUCCUAGAUCUCUUUUCCCUUCCCUUUCCUUUUUCUUUUCUAUAUUGGUUCCAUUUUUUUGUCUUUUCUGCGUGCUAUUCGCAAUGACUGUUUGAUGAUGAAUGUAUCCAUGAAGGUCUUCAAAAGUAUAUAGAGAUAUUCAUACGGCACAAUAGAGAACUCGACGAGA